AUGCUCGCCAACUGGCGCGGCUUCAGCGGCGGCCAGCAGGACAUGUACGACGAGAUCCUCAAGCAGGGCAGCAAGAUCGUCGAUGGCCUCGCCCAGUACCACCAGCCUGUGUUUGUGCACAUCCCGCCUGCCGGCGAGCUGCGUGGCGGCUCCUGGGUCGUCCUCGACGCACAGGUGAAUGCUCGCGGCAUGAUCGAAAUGUCCGCCGACAGCGACAGUGCGCGUGGCGGCGUGCUCGAGGCGUCCGGCCUCGUGGAAAUCAAGUUCCGUGCCGAGCUCCAGCGCGCCACCAAGAUGCGCCUCGACCCCACGUUCGCCCACUUGACGCACGCCGUCCACGCGGCUGCGCCCUCCGACAAGCCCGCGCUGAUGCAGCGCCUGCAGGAGCGUGAGAAGCACAUUGCGCCCUUCUUCCAUGCUAUGGCCGUCGAGUAUGCAGACGCCCACGACCGCGCUGGCCGCAUGCUCGCGACGGGCGUGCUCAAGUGUGCGAUGCCCUGGGCCGCCACACGCCGCUACUUUUACUGGCGCUGCCGUCGCCGCCUCAUCGAGGCACGCUACCAGCACGCGCUCGCCGACGCCAUUCCUUUCUUGCAGCCGCGUGACUGUCUCGCGCGUAUCGAGGCGGCCGCGUCGUACGUAUCUACCGAUGCCGACGAGUUUGCCGUUCGCCAGCUCGAGUCGCACCUGUCGCAUCUCGACGCCGCUGUCGAACAUGCUCGGGCCGAUGCGAUGCUCGAGGCUCUCUCGGCCCUGUCGCCCGGCGCGCGGGAGCGCAUCCUCUCUAUACUACAGCAAACAUAA